GUUUGUGAGGUCCACAGGCUUCACAGGGAGACGUUUUAUUUGGCUCAGGAUUUCUUCGAUCGGUUUAUGUCAACACAACAGAAUGUUGUUAAGACGCUCCUUCAGCUGAUUGGGAUAACGUCUUUAUUUAUCGCUGCUAAAUUGGAGGAAAUCUACCCACCAAAGCUUCAUCAGUUUGCCUAUGUCACCGAUGGUGCUUGCACAGAAGAUGACAUUAUUAGCAUGGAACUCAUUAUUAUGAAGGCGCUGAAUUGGAACCUGAGUCCCCUGACGACCGUGUCCUGGCUAAAUAUAUACAUGCAGGUCGCAUAUCUAAAUGAGAUUUGUGAGAUGCUGCUGCCCCAGUAUUCUCAAGAGAUAUUCGUGCAAGUUGCAGAGCUCUUGGACCUGUGUGUCCUUGAUGUGGGCUGUUUGGAGUACACGUAUGGUGUCCUGGCUGCUUCGGCGUUGUAUCAUUUCUCCUCUCGCGAGUUGAUGCAGCGGGUUUCGGGAUACGAACUGAGCGACAUUGAGGAGUGUGUGAAAUGGAUGGUCCCCUUUGCGAUGGCUAUCAAGGAAGUUGGGAGUUCGGUGCUGAAGCACUUUAGAGGAGUCCCUGCUGAAGAUUUGCACAAUAUACAAACGCACAUAAACACCUUCACCUUGCUGGACAAAGCUCGAGCCAAACAAGCUAUGUUAGCUGAGAAAAACAGGCGUUCGCCUUUGCCCACAGGUGUCCUCACCCCACCUCAGAGCAGCAAGAAACUCUCUCGGACCUCAAAAUAGCUAAAGCUGCUACGGAAGCUGCUUCUUCUCCUGAUCGGCUGCUUUUUUUAAAACACACAACUCCCUCGUUCUGUGUUUUUAUUUUCACAAUUCUGCAUUAUUAUUAUUAUUAUUUUUGCCCGAUGCUGCCAAUGACUCCCGAUGAAUGCUAGAAUGGGGAAGGGGAGGAAAAAAAUCUUUUAUGUAUUUUUAUGGAAGAAACUGACCAGAUUUGAAAGUUGGUUUUCCUUUUUCCUUUCCUUUCCUUUUUUUUAAUGGAAUGUCUUGUCUUGAAAUGAACUCUUCGUAUAUGCCAGGCACCUCAAACAGGGAUGUGCUUGGAUUGCUGCUAAGGGAAGAGUUAUUUUGGAUGUGCUGAUCCGAAGAAUAAAUAAAGAGGUUUUGCCCCCCACUGGUGCUGGGAAGACCCAACAAUGCGCUGGUUGCAAUUAGCCAUGGAAGGAAAAAGACCUCUUCGUAGAUUUGAGUUUACAGCCUGGUUUUUUUUAAAAAAAAAAUCCUUUGUAAAUGCUCUUAUGUAUCUCUAAUUUUUUUUUUU